AUGUCCUCUGGUAAACUUCAUAAAUACAACGAUAACUUAGUCGCUUUUGAAUUUAAUUCCACUACCCCUAAUCCAACAGAUAAUGCAAUCAUAUUCAUUGGUGGUCUUGGUGAUGGAUUAUUAACUGUCCCAUAUUUAUCAAAAUUAAAUGAAUCCUUACCAACCAAUUGGUCAUUAUUUCAAAUAUUAAUCAGUUCUUCAUAUCAAGGAUGGGGUACAGGUUCAUUAGAUCGUGAUAUUAAAGAAAUUAAACAAUUUGUUGAUUAUUUACAUGGGUUAGGAAAACAAAAGGUUGUCUUGUUUGGUCAUUCAACUGGGACUCAAGAUUCAAUUCAUUAUGCUUUACAAAACCAAGGUCAAGGGAUUGAUGGGAUUAUUUUACAAGCUCCUGUUAGUGAUCGUGAAGCUAUUGUUAAGAGUUCUAAAGAAGACGGAUUAGAUUUAGAUUCAUAUAAUAAAGAAGCUCAAGAAUUUUUUGAUAAACAAGGUCCACAAGCUGUUUUACCUAAAAAGUUUAGUGAUUUUUUGUUUGGUGUUAGUGCUAUUAGUAGUUAUAGAUGGUUAUCAUUAACUUUGGAAAAUGGGGAUGAUGAUUAUUUUUCAACUGAUUUAAGUGAUGAGAAAUUACAAGAAACUUUUGGAAAAUUGAAUAAACCUACUUUGGUUCUUUAUUCUGGUGAAGAUCAAUUCUUCCCUGAUGGCGUUGAUAUUGGGAAAGUUUUACAAAGAUGGGAAAGUUUUACUAAACCUGGUGUUUGGUCAAAAUAUAGUUUAGUUAUUGAUGGUGCUACACAUAAUAUUGGUGAAGGUUCUAAAGAAGGGAGUGUUGACGUCUUGAUAAAGCAAGUACAAUCAUUUAUUAAUGAGUUAUAA